GUGAGCCGCGUUUUCCGUCCGCCGCGCGCAGGGACGCGCUGCUUCCGGCGGCUGCGGUCGGUUCCUGCGCCUCCCGCCGGGCGCCUACGGUUCCCCGGGCAACGGCGGCAGCGGGCUUCGGAGUCCCUGAGCCGGACGCUUUUCAUGAAGAUGAAGGGGAGCUCCCUUGCUGAACAGACUGUUUGAGGAAAAGGACUAUUUUUGUACACAUAUUAUUUACUACUCUACAUUAAUUGGAUCAGAAGAUGAACCCAGUUAAUCCUUUCAGUGGGCAGCAGCCUAGUGUUUUUCCAUCAUCUUCCAGUAGUUCCAUUGGAACAUUUCAGGCUAAGCAGCCAUUUCGAUUUGGUCAGCCUUCCCUCUUUGGACAAAACAAUACAUUAACUGCAAAAAGCUCAGGAUUUUCACAGGUAGCUAGCUUUCCAACAUCUUCUGGAGUAAGUCAUUCUUCUUCAGCCCAAACAUUAGGAUUCUCCCAAAGCUCAAAUGUUAGACUCUUUUCUGGACUUGAACACACUCCGGCCUUUGUAGCUACUUCUGGGCCUUCAAGUUCAUGUGUGCCUGGAAACCCAGGAUUUAGUUUUAAAUCACCCAACCUUGGGACUUUCCCAAGUACUUCCACUUUUGGACCAGAAACUGGAGAAAUAGCAAGCUCUGGUUUUGGGAAAACAGAAUUUAGCUUUAAACCUCUGGAAAAUUCAGUGUUCAGACCAAUAUUGGGGGCUGAAUCUGAGACAGAGAAAACUCAGAGCCAAAUUACUUCUGGAUUUUUCACCUUUCCCCAUCCGGUUAGUAGCAGACCUGGGGUACCGGCCCCAUUUUCUUUUUCUCAGGUGACAAGUAGUUCAGCUACCAAUUCCAAUUUUACCUUUCCAAAACCAAUUGAUAGUAACAGUUCAUCAUCUGCCUUUACCCCUGCUGUGUCAAACCAAAACGUGGAGGAAGAGAAGAGAGGCCCUAAAUCGCUAUUUGGAAAUUCUAAUAGUAGCUUCACUAGCUUCCCCAUGUCUUCUUCAGGGGCUUUGGCUGAACCCUUUGCUCUUAGCAAAACAGGUGUCAGACAAGAAUGUGAAGAAGCUGUUUCCCAGACUGGGCCACUUCCCAGCCUCAUGAAAGGCCUGAAAAGGAAGGAGGACCAGGAUCGUUCCCCAAGGAGAUAUGGUCAUGAGGCAAUAGAAGAUUUUGACCCUCUUCCCAGGGGAGAUCAUCCUCCAGAUAAAAGGCCUGUCCGCCUGAAUCGCGCCCGUGGAGGCACCUUGUUUGGUCGGACAAUACAGGAUGUCUUCAAGAGCAAUAAAGAAGUUGGCCGCCUAGGCAGCAAGGACGCUAAGAAGGAAACUGGCUGUGUGGAGUCCGGGGAAAAUGACCACAUGGCCGUUCCAGGAGGGAGUCAGUCUGUCCUGUCACCUUCCCGGCUUCCAGGUGUGAAUAAAGAGGAAGAAACUGAAAGUAGAGAUAAAAAAGAAGAUUGUCUAAGAGGAGCUCCUGGGCGUCAGAGUAAAAGAAGUGAGAGCACAGACAGUCUCGGGGGCUUCUUUCCUGGCGAGGUCACGGCCAUCCAGUGCAAGAACGUCCCUGACUAUCUCAAUGACAGAGCCAUUCUAGAGAACCACUUUGGCAGAAUUGCUAAAGUGCAGCGUGUCUAUACCAGGCGCAGCAAGAAGCUUGCAGUGGUGUAUUUUUUUGAUCAUGCAUCUGCAGCCCUGGCUAGGAAGAAGGGGAAAGGUCUGCAUAAAGACAUGGUUCUCUUUUGGCACAAGAAGAAAAUAAGCCCCAACAAGAAGCCCUUUCCACUGAAGGAUAAGAAAGCCGCGGACGGUGAGGCUGGCCGGGGUGCUGAGGACAUGCCAUUCCAGCACCCGCCCCUUGGCAAGCCUGCAGUGAGGGCCGUGGCCAGCAGCCUCCUGAGUAAAAGCUCUCCAGUGAAAAAGCCUGGCCCUCUGAAGGCCCGCCAGCCCGAGGGAGGCCCCCCAGACUCAGGCUUGGAGAGUGUUGAGGGCCUUGGGCAGUGUGUGACGCCCCUCAGCAGCCUGAUCGGCACUGUGGCCGAGACGUCCGAGGACAAGUACCGCCUGCUUGAUCAGAGGGACAGAGUCAUGCGGCAAGCUCGGGUGAAAAGAACAGACCUGGACAGAGCCAGGACUUUGGUUGGGACGUGCCCCGAUAUGUGUCCUGAGAAGGAGCGGUACAUGCGGGAGACCCGGAGCCAGCUGAGCGUAUUUGAAGUGGUCCCUGGGACCGACCAGGUGGACCACGCAGCGGCAGUGAAGGAGUACAGCCGCUCCUCGGCUGACCAGGAGGAGCCCCUGCCGCACGAGCUGCGGCCCCCGGCUGUGCUCUGCCGGACCAUGGACUACCUGGUGACCCAGAUCAUGGACCACAGGGAGGGCAGCCCACGGGACUGGUACGACUUCGUGUGGAACCGCACACGCGGCAUCCGAAAGGACGUCACGCAGCAGCACCUGUGCGACCCCCUGACGGUGUCCCUGAUUGAGAAGUGCACCCGGUUUCAUAUCCACUGUGCUCACUUCAUGUGUGAGGAGCCCCUGUCCUCCUUCGACGCUAAGAUCAACAAUGAGAACAUGACCAAGUGCCUUCAGAGCCUGAAGGAGAUGUACCAGGACCUGAGAAGCAAGGGUGUGCUCUGUGCCAGCGAGGCGGAGUUCCAGGGCUACAACGUCCUGCUCAGUCUCAACAAGGGGGACAUCCUGAGAGAAGUGCAACAAUUUCAUCCUGCUGUUAGAAAUUCCUCUGAGGUGAAAUUUGCCGUUCAGGCUUUUGCCGCGUUGAACAGUAAUAAUUUUGUGAGAUUUUUCAAACUGGUCCAGUCAGCUUCUUAUCUGAAUGCCUGUCUUCUACACUGUUACUUUAAUCAGAUCCGCAGGGACGCGCUCCGGGCGCUGAACGUUGCCUACACUGUGAGCACACAGCGGUCCACUGCCUUUCCCCUGGAUGGGGUGGUGCGCACUCUGCUCUUCAGAGACUGUGAUGAGGCCACAGACUUCCUCAACGACCACGGUCUCUCCGUUUCUGAUGGCUGUGUCGAGCUGAACCGGUCCUCGUUCCUGGAACCAGAGGGGUUAUCCAAGGCCAGGAAGUCGGUGUUUAUUACCAGGAAGCUGGCAGUGUCUGUCGGGGAAACUGUGAAUGGAGGGCCGCUGCCCCCUGUCCCUCGUCACACCCCUGUGUGUAGCUUCAACUCCCAGAACAAGUACGUUGGGGAGAGCCUGGCUGCAGAGCCCGUGGGCACUCAGAGACCCGGCUUGGAAGCAGCAGGUGUGGGGCGAGGGGAAGAGUGUGAUGCCGAAGUGGACGUGCCCCCACCUGCUGCCCUCCUGCAGCUGCCUCCUGCCCUGGCGCCUGCCCCAGCUCCUCCGCCUCAGCUCCCAGCCACCCUGAGUGUGGUGCCCAGUCUCUUCCAGUCCCCUGUGCAGCCCGAGCUGCUUACCCCCAGGCCUGCACCUAUGUACACUGACUCGGACCUGGUGCAGGUGGUAGACGAACUCAUCCAGGAGGCCCUCCAGAGGGACUGUGAAGAGGUGGGUGCUGCUGGGGCAGCCUUUGCAGCCACCGCGCUUGGUGUUUCCAAUGCCGCUGUGGAGGAGCUGCUGACGGCCGCUACUGUGGGCAUCCUGAGGCACAUUGCUGCUGAAGAAAUGACUGAGGAAAUGGAGCGGCAGGAGGUGGCAAGGCGGUGGGUGGAAGAGCAGAGGCUGAAACAGGAGAGAGAACUGGCAUUGAGUCAGCUGAGCCAGGGCCUGGCUACAGAGCUGACAGAACUCGUGCUGACGGAAUGUGUGAGGGAAGCCUGCGCAGGGGAGCUGAGGAGUGCCAUGGAGGCCGACCAGAGGGUCCGCAUGGCCCGCUGCUCGGAGGCUGUCUGUGUCCACUUGGUGGAUUUGUUUCUGGAGGAGGAAGUAUUCCAGACUGCAAAGGAGACCCUCCAGGAGCUUCAGUGCUUCUGCAGAUACCUGCAGCGGUGGAGGGAGGCCGUGGCAGCCCGGAAGAAACUGAGGCGCCAGAUGCGAGCCUUCCCUGCAGCACCCUGCUGUUUGCAUGGGAACGACCAGCUCAGGGCACUGGCACCCAGCGCGGAGUGCCCCAUUGCGGAGGAGAACCUGGCCAAGGGCCUCCUGGACCUGGGCCAUGCAGGGAAAGUGGGCGUCUCCUGCACCAGGUCAAGGCGGCUCAGGAACAAGAUGGUGUACCAGAUGAAGGUCCAGCAUUUCCAUAAGCAGCUGCUGAGGAAUGCAGCAUGGUCCCCCCUGGACCUGGCGUCCCUCGUGGCCGAGCACCAUCCUGGGAGGCAGGAGCGUGUAUUCUGGAAGCCGGUGCUGGUGUUGCCCAAUGGAGAGUCUCCAGGGAGCCCCAGCAGACUCCUAGCAAACUGGCUAAAAGUCAAGUUUAUGGGAGAUGAUGGCUGGGCCGACGAUGCACAUGGUGACACUGGUGGGAUUCAGACGCUUGCACUGUUUAACACGCUCGGCAACCAAGGGGGUCGGACAGUUUCUGUCAGUGUGUGUGUAAAGGUGGCCCACGGCACGCUCAGUGACUGUGCCUUAGAUGCUGCGGAGACGCAGAAGGAGCUGCUGGGAGCCAGUGGGCUUGUGCUGCUGCUCCCGCCCCGAGCGAAGAGCGAGGCCGUGGUGGAGGAGGAUGUGGAAUGGCUUUUGGCCCUGCUACAGCUGAAGCAGCUCCUACAGGCCAAGCCCUUCUGGCCAGCGCUCCCACUGGCGGUGCUUGUGCCGAGCCCUGGAGUGGACGGCGCGGACAAGGGAGUGGCAGAUGGUCUGAUGCUGCAGGACUUGGUUUCAGCUGAGCUGAUCUCAGACUACACCAUUGUUGAGAUCCCUGAUUCCAUCACCGAUUUACAAGGCACCACUAAGGUUUCGCAGGCUGUGCAGUGGCUGGUCUCCCGCUGCCCCUGUGUCCUUGACCUUUGCUGUCAGACGCUCAUUCAGUAUGUGGAAGAUGGGAUUGGCCGAGAGUUUAGCAGCCGGUUUUUCCACGACAGAAGAGAGAGGCGGCAGGAUGGCCUGGCCUCUCAGGAGCCUGGUGCCAUCAUUGAGCUGUUCAACAGCGUGCUGCACUUCUUGGCCUCUGUGGUGGCCUCUGAGCAGCUCUGCGACCUGUCCUGGCCUGUCACUGAGUUUGCCGAGGCAGGGGGCAGCCUGCUGUUGCCUCACCUCCAUUGGAAUGCCCCGGAGCACUUGGCCUGGCUGAAGCAGGCUGUGCUUGGCUUUCAGCUGCCGCAGAUGGACCUUCCUCCUGAGGGGGCUCCCUGGCUUCCUGUGUGUGCCAUGGUCGCCCAGUACGCCAGCCAGAUCCCCAGCUCUCACGAGACGCAGCCCGUCCUCCAGUCCCAGGUGGAGAGCCUCCUCCACGGGACGUACAGCAAGUGGACAAGCUCGAGCUCCUCCCCAGGCCCAGAGGCAGGGCCCUCGGUUGCUGAGAUCCCGUGGGACGAUGUCAUUGCCCUGUGCAUCAGCCACAAGCUGAGGGACUGGACUCCCCCAAGGCUUCCGCUCACGUCAGAGGCCCUGAGUGAAGAUGGUCAGAUAUGUGUGUAUUUUUUUAACAAACAUUUGAACAAGUAUGAUGUCCCUUUGUCAUGGGAACGAGCCAGGAUGCAGACGCAGAAGGAGCUGCAGCAGAGCCGUGGCCGGUGUCUCAAAACUUGUACUUACAGUUUGGGGAGAAAGUCUUCUCAUCCUUCUGCAACCAAGUUUCCCACUCCGUUACUUCACAUGCACGGAAAAAGGAAGAGGAGUGUGGAGCGGGGCCGGGAGGGGCGGCCUCCCAGCUCAGAAGAUCUGACGCGCGGAGCCUCUGCCCAGGAGCGCCUGGCCCAGUGUCUGUCCCGUGGUCUGCUGCUGGAGAAGGGGGAGAGCAAGAGGUUUGAAGAUCAGCUUCAGCAGUGGUUGUUUGAAGACUCAGGGGCAUUUACAGAUUCAACUUCCCUUCCCCUCUACCUGCCUUGGACCCUGUUGUCUCUGCCUUCGACUGUCCGACCUGUAAUGCAAACCUCCACAGCUGCCACAGUGCAGAAUGAAAGGGCAGGGGAGCAACGGCAGUUGUCAAAGGCAACAGGCACAUCCCUGACCGAACGGCUCAGACACCUGGAAAGGCUGCUGAAGAGCUCAAGGGAAGAGGAAGUUGCCUCUGAGCUCCAUCUUUCUGCACUGCUGGACAUGGUGGACAUUUGAGUGGCCGGACCUGAGAGGGGGAGGGUCUCUCCAGAAGAUUUUCUGCUUUUAUUCAAAAUAAUGCUACACUCAGAUGUUUAAUGCACCGUUGGAAAUGAGAUUAUCAUGCAAAUAAAUUAUUUGAAUGUGUAA